UUCAGGAUGAAUCUUGUCAAAAGUUUUUCUGGAAGUGUGGGUCUUUGAUUGUGUGUUUCCUGAAAGCAAGACCAGUCAUUUCCGUUUAUUCACUGGCUAAACCCCUACUUGAUUGGGGACAAGGACAGAAACCAUCCAUUACGAUCUGAUAUAUUAUCCAAACAAUUUAGUGUAUUCAUGAGGUAACCGAAACGUGGGGGCUGCGAAAUUACCCGUAAUCAAUUGCAACAGCGAGUGUACGUCCCCGCGGGUGUCGGACAAGUAGAAGUCGCCGUCUCAGCCACAGGCGGGAGCCGCAGCAUUUCGGAGUUGCUCUGCUUGCUACCUGAUCGCCAGGCUGGGGACACUGGACGUGCUCAGAGGACGCGGACGCUGACGAGGCGGCCUCGCCGCGGCUCCAUCGGGAUCCUGGAUCAGACCCGCCGCCUCUCCGCGAGCGCGCCACUCGCCGGUCGCCGCUGACCCGCCCGCGGUCGCCGCAGCCGCCCCGCGGGGACAUUCAUUCUUGCCGCUUGCCUCUCUCUGGGCUGGGCGCAGGAGCUCCUUUGUAGGGUUUUGUGCCCGCGGCGCCUCCUUUUUUUGUUGUUGGGUUUUUUUCUUUUUUUUUUUUCUUUUUUUUUUUUUUCCUUCCUUUUUCUUUUCUUUCUUUUUUCUUUUUUUUUUUCCCCCCCAUGUUCGGGAAACCAGACAAAAUGGACGUUCGGUGCCACUCGGACGCAGAGGCUGCCCGGGUCUCGAAGAACGCGCACAAGGAGAGCCGGGAGAGCAAGGGUGCGGAGGGCAGCCUCCCCGCCGCUUUCCUAAAGGAGUCGCAGGGCGCCUUCUCCGCGUCGGGCGCCGCGGAAGAUUGUAACAAAAGUAAAUCCAAUUCGACUGCCGACCCGGAUUACUGCCGCCGGAUCCUGGUCCGAGAUGCCAAGGGUUCCAUCCGAGAGAUCAUCCUGCCCAAGGGCCUGGACCUGGACCGGCCCAAGAGGACGCGCACGUCCUUCACGGCGGAGCAGCUGUACCGGCUGGAGAUGGAGUUCCAGCGCUGCCAGUACGUGGUGGGCCGAGAGAGGACCGAGCUCGCCCGGCAGCUUAACCUCUCCGAGACCCAGGUGAAGGUCUGGUUCCAGAACCGGCGCACGAAGCAGAAGAAAGACCAGGGCAAGGACUCGGAGCUGCGCUCGGUGGUGUCGGAGACGGCUGCCACGUGCAGCGUGCUGCGGCUGCUGGAGCAGGGCCGCCUGCUGUCGCCGCCCGGCCUACCCGCGCUGCUGCCGCCCUGCGCCACCGGCGCGCUCGGCUCGGCGCUACGCGGGCCCAGCCUGCCGGCCCUGGGCGCCGGCGCCGCGGCGGGCUCGGCCGCCGCCGCCGCCGCCGCCGCCGCGGCCGCCGCCCCGGGUCCCACCGGCGCCGCGUCCCCGCACCCGCCGGCCGUGGGCGGCGCUCCGGGCCCCGGGCCCGCUGGGCCAGGGGGACUGCAUGCGGGCGCGCCGGCUGCCGGCCACGGCCUCUUCAGCCUACCCGUACCCUCGCUGCUCGGCUCCGUCGCCAGCCGCCUGUCCUCCGCUCCGUUGACAAUGGCCGGUUCGCUGGCAGGGAAUUUGCAAGAACUCUCCGCCCGAUACCUGAGCUCCUCGGCCUUCGAGCCUUACUCCCGGACCAACAAUAAAGAAGGGGCCGAGAAAAAAGCGCUGGACUGAUUUUACGUGUUUGCCUGUAUUUAUAUUUAUAGUAUCUAUUGUGGUGAUAUUUAUGGACUCGCGUAUUCGGCGCCCGAGGCUCCUGGGCUGGGCUUCCAGCUCCCACCAGGCCUCUGACAGCUCUCCUUCCCCAUUAGUCUCUGCUACCAAUCUUAUUUUGGGCUACUUUUUUUCUACCUUCCCUCCGUCCUCCUCUCCUCCCCCCAACUUCCUUCUGAAUCCAGGAGAAUCCAAAGAAUUGGGGGGAGGGGGGUGCCCGAAUUAGCCAACUGAUCCCCCAACCGAUGCCAGGCCCUGGAAGGAAAAGACUGGUUCUAAGUCAAAGCACAGGCCACCUGCUCUAGAUCGGGCCGGGCCGCUGCUGCCGGUGAUCAUUCUUAGGAAUAUUGAAAGAGGAAAGCUGCGCGCAGAGCCCUGGGGCUGAAAAAGCUGGUAGGUUUCAUUAGAGCAAAAAGGAAGACGUUCCUCCCUCUUGCCAGAGAAACCAGGGCUUUGGGGAGCCCCUGAGCCCCACUUUAUGGACCGCUUGGGAGAGCCGAUGCACACGCAGCUUUCUGGCUGGACAAAUCUUGCCGAUUCCCCACCCCCCCCCCCACCCCCAACACCUCUAGAGAAGCAACAAUCACAACCACCCCCGACCUCAGGAGAUACACCAAACAUCACGGUGGGCAACGGCGGUAAUACAUUUGAUCGGAUCAGCAAUAAAGCCAGAGUAAUAACCACCACAUAAAACCAGAUGAAGCGAAACCAGUUUUUAAAUACUCCUGUAACAAUCCAGUUUGGACGGCUUACGAAAAUCCACGAUAGAGAACGCUCCGCGGGGCAAUGCAAAAUUCAAGUUCUGGAUGUUAUGACUUUAAACGGGAACUUAAAAGGAAAAAAGCAAAAGAAAAGCCAACGCCGCUAGUGAAAGACAAUUCAGAAUCUUUUCUCCGAGGCUGUUCGGGGCGACGGCCGACAGCUCCCCGCUCCGGGAGCGAGGGAAGGGCGGCUGC